CCAAAUAUUCGAGCGCAUGACAAACGCGCUGCUUUGAUCACACGGUGAUCAUUCGACGUAAUCAGCGUCAGCGACUAACAAUUCAUGCGUUUUAGCGCGGGAAAACGGAUAUAGCGGAGAAUCGUGUUGCACAGUGCCGACGCUUCCUGAAAACGUCAGGCUGUCCGUGUUUUGCCGGCGUCCCCUCGGCUCUCAGGGAGCAGCAGGGAUAACAAACAGGUCGAGGAGGAGGACUGGCAGCCGGCUGUAUGUGGAGCUGUGGCGGCGAGCCGACCACGUACCCACGGUGUGUCACCGGUGCUGGUUUUAUCCAAUUUGGUGCUUUGUUUAAGGGGAGCGUUCUUGCUGCUGCUCGGCUCCCGAGUAUGUUGCCGCUCUGCAACGUUCUGUCGAGGCUGUCGGAGCGCGUAGUCUGCCCGCUGUGGUUCGGUGUUUUCCUCAGCCUUGUUUAUCGGUCGUAACUCGAUAAAUCUUCGGCGAGUCGCUUCCGAAUUCCAUACACAUAUAUUUGAGUCAUGCAUACACGGCGUCUGGUGAAGCGCUCCAUCCUCGGCAGCCGCGUCUAUGCGCCGAGUCCGACGGGUGACGGCGCUCCAGUGACCGGCGUGGUGCAGGCUGUCAAGCAGGAAAACAGAGACGCGUCGUCGGCCGCUGGCGCUCGCAGAAGCGUCUACACGGUGCUCAUGCAGGACGGAAGCCUGAAGGAGUUUUCCGAGGAGGAGAUAUCUGCCGGGAUCAGCCAGAAGGUUCCGCUCAAGUCCAGCUUGAAGCAGUGUGCCACAAGUGGACCUCCAGAGGGACACAGGAUAGAAGGCAAUUCCCUCUGCCCAGAGGCUGCUGAGGACCAGCGUCUUGUCGAAAACAAACGUUGCGGUCGGGACCUGGACACCCGAUCUGUGUCGCUUCUCGAGCAGAAGCGCAAAGUAGUGUCCUCCAGCAUCGAUGUCCCUCAUGCCAGACGGUCGACAGAGGAAGUGGACAUGGACAAGGUCACAGCUGCCAUGGUGCUAACAAGUCUGUCCACCAGCCCGCUUGUCAGGAGUCCGCCUGUCAAAGUCACCGAGGGUCUGAGCGGCUCAUGGAAGGAGAACGGAUCAGCUGGACCCUUCACUCCGUCCAGCAACAGCUCCUCUGGUGGCUACUGGAGCUGGUCUGCCCCCAGCGACCAGUCCAACCCCUCCACUCCUUCACCUCCACUCUCAGCCGACAGCUUCAAACCCUUCCGUGUGCCCAGCCUGGGUGGCGUUGGACCGGGACCCGCUGGGCCUGAGGACCCCAGUCUGGAGGAUCAGGAUGGCAGCAGCCUGCUGUUCGAUGAGCCAAUCCCACGCAAGCGCAAAAACUCCAUGAAGGUGAUGUUUAAGUGUUUGUGGAAGAACUGUGGCAAAGUUUUGAGUACAGCCGCAGGCAUCCAGAGACACAUCCGCACCAUCCACCUGGGGCGGAACUGUGACUCGGACUGCAGCGAUGGCGAGGAGGAUUUCUACUACACUGAGAUCAAGUUGAACACCGACUCAGUGGCCGACGGGCUGAGCAGUCUCUCCCCUGUGUCCCCCUCCGUGAUAUCUCCAACUUCUCCUCUUCCUCCUCUCAACCAAACGUCUGACACCCACAAACCCCCGCAGCCCGCCGACACCAAGGAGCCUCAUGCUGGCAGUGCCACCCCGCUCAGCCGCUCUGCGCCUAGCGCUCUCUACCUCAUUCACACGGACCAUGCCUAUCAGGCCACAGCUCCAGUCUCCAUCCCGUCCAGCAGCAGUAACUCAUCCGGCUCUGCCUUCAACCCGACCAACAGCUCCAGCUUCAGCAUCUCCUGGCAGUCACCGCCCGUCACUUUCACCGGGAACACAGUGUCCCCGAGCAAAAGCCAGAAUUUUGGAGAGCAGCGUUCACAGACCCUAGCGGUCCUCUCAUCUUCACCCAGAGCCACGGCAGCCAUCAGUCGGAAAGUGCGUGGUGAAGGAAAGAAGUGCCGCAAAGUGUAUGGGAUGGAGAACCGGGACAUGUGGUGCACCGCCUGCCGCUGGAAGAAAGCCUGCCAGAGAUUCACCGACUGAACCUGACACCAGGGCGCAGUCCCCUCUUCAGCCACCGUGACCAGGGGCAUCACUUGCAUGCAAUUGUUGUUCUCCAGCUCAAAUCUCAACUAUCGGUCCAGCUAUGACUCCGCCGCCUCAGAAACAUUCCAGUUGUCGAAGGAACCAAUUAAAAUUGGGAGUCGACUUUCACUUUGACGUCCAGGAUUUCCAGUACUGCCUCGCCAUUCCCACUAUUCCCAGUUUUUGGGAAACCCCAGUGCAGCUAAACAGUGUAAAGAAAAAAAAACUGUUUCAUGUUUUGGUUUUGUAAACUCUGUUUUUUGUAGAGAAUGAUGGGGUCCAGGAACAAAGGCCAAAAGCUUUAUGUUUGUUUGUUGUUUUCCUGUCCAAGGAGGAGUCUGUCGUCCGACGCUGUUGAAGACGGGACAAAGCAGUUUUUGUUCUUCCUUCUACUGCUUCAUCUCUUCUUUUAUCGCUGGACUUUCUUAAGUGAGCAAAGGUGGAGCUGGACAGAGGAGGCGAAAGAUCAAUGCAAAAAAAUGUAACUCAGUCAGGGAAAGCAGUGAGGGAACAAACAAACACACACACACACACAACUCUGACCCACGUGUCUUACCGCGAGAAUCCGAGCAUACGACGGACUAUUUUCUACAAGUUGAUUUUUCUGUCAUCAGGGAUGAGAUGUAGGAGAAACCAGCAGACGUGGACAAAGUUAUCAAACAGCACUAUCUCAAUAGCCUCUUCUUUCACAUUGCUACCAAAAAACACUUGUUCUCAUGUGUUUGGGUUCUUUGUUCAGGUGCCAUGUUGAGCACCUGCUUUGUUUGUCGGUGGGACCAGACUGUUGGCACUCCACUUGUUGAAGAGUUGGGUUAGCAACCUUCCUGACAGCACUGGAAGCAGCAGCAGCAGCAGCAGCAGCAGCGCGACAUGCCAUCAAAGUCAUCGCACCAAGAGACUCGACGUCCUCCUCCUCCUCAUCUUUGCAUCUUCCUACGGGGAGCAAAGCAACUUUGUUUACCCAGGCCAACGAGGCACUUUCAGAGGAGACCAAAGGAGGAGGGCUGACAACCAAAAGUGAGGCACUUGCACUGUUCGUGCACAUCUUAGCACUUGUUAUUGCCUGUGGUUACUUCCAGAGAUGUUGCUCUUUUCUUAUCCGUGUAAUGAGGAAUUACACCGAGGUGUGAAAAGGUUAAAAAAAAGACAAUAGAAGCACUUGAUGAGGUCACUUCUCUGUUCUGUCGAUUGUUUGACCACAUGCAAGCGGAGCCUGGGCUCGGACUUUUCCAGAGGUCUUGCAUGAAACUGUGUAUCUGGUGAAAAAUAAUGCAGUUGUCCGAUUUUGUCAUUUGAAUGUUUCGACUUACUUUUCCACGUAGUGGGUGGCAGGACCGGCCAAAUAGGUUUGAAGCACGACAACGUGCUGAUGUGAAACGCUCUCCACGCUUGGGAGGGUCCGGGCCACGGAAACAUGAGAGGAGGAAUUCAAAGUCAGUCCUUUCGGUGACUGGAUCAUACCUCGAGAGAGUUUUUUUUUUUUGCCCAGCUCCCCUUGUAUUCAACAGGUGAAUCCACUAUUUCCCAGCAAACCGGGGUCAUGGAUGCAUAUUACUCUCACAGUUUUUUGGGGGUUUUGUUUUCUUAAUGGAUGAGACACCCUGCUUGCUUAUGCUAAUCCUAACAACGUAGCCAGGUCUCACAGACCUCCUUUAUGUCGGCCAUUUUUUCCCUACACUGUUGCACCUUUAAAUUAGUAAAGCCCACACUUCCUCCUCUCACUUCCUGUUUUGGCACUGACUCUUGCCGUCUCUGAAUGCUCGCAGGGGUCCUGAAUGGAUCCAAACCACAAAUAACCAACACCAGCUAUUAAACUCACCUGCUUGUUCGUCUCACACACGACUAUGGUAGCUCUUAUAUUUGCUCGACUUUUUUUUUUUUUGGGGGGGGGAAUUCUCUUCAUGUGAGUCUCGUAUUCUAUUUGUGUACCAUGUUUGUGACGUUUGCCACCUCAUGAACAAGACAGGUUCACGUCAAGCUAAUGUAACGCUCCCCACCUUUUCGGCUGCUAUUGUUUUUGGUAAUAGACGUAGCCUUAAAGUGGAUUCUAAUCCUUGUGCUUCUUUGCAAGUCAUUACAGUUCUGGAGAUUUUGUUUCGCUGUAAAAAUAAGAAGCCAUUUUGUUAUGUGAACGUAUUUUUCUUUAUCAAAGUGAAACGAAUCUAUAUAUCUCAACAAAAAAAAAACAAAAAACAUGUUGGAGUUUCUUCUAGAAGCAAACAGAUGGAGAGUUUAAUGGAAAGCCAUUUCUGCCGGUGAGGAGAAACAUUUCUUCCCUGUUUAGCUGAUCAUCUCACCUGAUUCAUAAUGUUGUUGAAUUCAGAUUGGCUCUUAUUUAUAAAGCACUUUACAGUCACUCACACGGUCUAAACCGAUGACAGUAGGAGCGAUCAGGGGUUCAGUGUCUGGCUCAGGGACACAACGACACCAACUCAUCCAGGGUUUGACCCGACCACCGUCUGAGCUUCAGUCGAAAGCCAAAAUGUGUUGGUCUCAGCUUCAGAUUUUGAGGUGGCAAAUACAGUACAAAUUCAUAAACUCAAAGUGUCACCCUUGUCAUCGUCACCACUCUUUAUGGUCUUAGUUGACAUUUUCCAUCCCAAAUUGUGAAGCCAUUUCAUUUGUUGAGCUUUAAAAGUUUCUCCUCAGCUGGCAGAAAAUGGACACUGAAAUAUUCGACUGUUUUUCUGUUUCUAUAAAUAUAAGCAUAUAUAUAUGGUUUUUGGAUUUUGUUUUCAUGUUCUGCUGAAGCUCACGGUAUGUUCUAAAGCUAAAGACCUGCACACUCCCACCGGACCUCCUGGAUUACACUGCGCUUGGUUCAAUCUUGUUGCCAAUCCUCCUCAGCUGCUGUGGCUCCACCCACUUAGCAGUGAAUUUGAUUGACAUCCUGUCUGGGUAGCCAUGUGUGCGUGAAUGUGAGGGCAAAGCUAAAGGUGCUCAUCUCCCCAUUCAGUGGUGUUCCCCAGCAGGUGUGUGCAGGUCAAGGACAGUGCAGCUUUCUUGUGUUUCCUCAUCACCACAUUGUGUUGUUGUUCUAUGUGAAGCUCCACGUUUCUGUUUACACCUUCACCUCCAUCCACGUGACGGCAAAUUUGUGGCACCAGGGUCCAAAAACAACUCCCCCGUACAGCACAAAAGGUGCUGGACACACUGGAGUUCUUGAACAAAGGCAGCUAAUGUCAGACCAUGUGAUCCAGCUAACCAGGCUAACGUGGACCAAUGAAGCUAGUGGAUGAGUCUCGAUCAUCUUUUCUAACUUUUGUGACAGUCUGGGAUUUGUUUGUGGACGUUCGCCACAUCGGUGUGAGAGAACGUCUCCUAGCUAGAAGGUGCUUAUCCAACAAACCGCGCAGGUUUUGACUUAAAAAUUGUAAAGUGGUGAGGGGUGGGAGGAGGUGCUGCUCUCAUGUUGUCGCUCCCGUGUUUCUAAGUAUCCAAAUCCACUUUGUACACGAUGUCUUGCUGUAGAACAUGAAAAUAAAAAUACACCCUGCCUCAAGUCUACCAAGUCUCCCCACACCACUUAGUGGAGCCCUGAAGUAUCUGUCGUUCCAGAACACAAGUCGUCAUGGAAACACAAAGCAGCGUCUUAGUGCUAACCAGAGCUCAGUGGAUUAAAAAAAUAUAUAGUCUAAAAAAAUAGAAAUACUCUUCGUAGCUACAUUAUAGUUGCAACAGUGCCAGUAACUUUGGGUUGCCAGACUCUAAACCGUCCCUCUUAGUGGCACUGGCCGUAUAUAACACGCUCAUUUCCGGAUGACUACAUUGCUACUUGUUUGUAUUUUAUGUACAAGUAACAUCCGACUUACGACCUGUACUUACAACCAUGGCCAGCAGAUGUUUUUUUUUUUUUUUGUUUUUUUUUUUUUUUAAUUCAAUGUCUGGCACCGCAGCACGUAGCAGCCCGCCAUCGUAUACGACAGUGACGGCUGCACAGUAUCCCAGCAUCUCACUCUCACACAGCCAUGUACCACUACAGUAGUAUCUAUAACCCUCACGUCGGCUAUUUUGAAUGGCAUUCGACUUAUGUCCAAUCUGACUUACGACCGGUUGGUCGGAACCGAUCCCGAUCAUAAGUCGGCUGUUGCUUGUAUUUAUUCUAUAUAGGGAGCUUUGCCAUCUGACCGAGACUCUAAGUAGAUCCCCUGUUAUCAUAUCUACAGGUAGAGCAACCGGUUGUGAGGGUUUUUGGCGAGGACCUCCUCCACUGAGUGGUGCAGCAGGACAUUAAACAUGGGAAAUACAUCAAUGGCCAGCAUUUUCAUAUCACAGGGUGGGUGUGGCUUAGUGCUGCAGGCAGGACCAUGUCGCGACCCGAGCAUACAGAGAGCAAACUGAACUUUAUACUAGUCAUAUAGACACACAUUGAAUUUAUAAUGCAAACAAAAUAGUAGUUUUUCCAAAAUUAUUGAAGUUCUAUCAUUGGAACCAACUAGUAGUUCUGCAUUCAGAUUGGUUUAGGUCUUGGUCCCGCCCUCUGCAUUGUUCUGGUGUCAACACAGUCUUGACAACAACACUUCCUCAGCAAGUCACUUCGCUGAAUUGUCUUCUGAUGUGUCUUUGUGUGUGUGAGGAGGUUGUUGGACACAGCAGAAAGCUCCAUGAAUAUAUUCUCUCCUCACAGUAGCGGCGGGGAAACUGAACAGGAGUUCCAAUGUAAUUGAGGUUUUCCCACAGCGAUCAUAAGAUUUCUCUCGAAUCACGUUCGCAGAAACGCCCGAGGUCCAAUUGAAGAGACGAUAACAACCUGACUGUUGACCGGGACAAACCAGCCAUGUGGCAGCUCUGUCCUGGUUUGACUGUUGGAUGUUAGAGCAGGAACGGGCUCCUGAGCGGACGGAGCUGCUAAAUGAGCUGCCAUUGUCAACAGAGCAGACCUGCUAUCACAGGGCCUCAAUGAGCUGUCGAGCUGCUCCGCUGUGAGUGAUAUGAAUACUUAUGAGGAGUUUUUUUUCUCUUCUUCGGCUGGAGGAGCAGCAGCUGCUCGGGCUUUUGUUCUCCGCCGUGUUUACCCGCUCAGCUCCUGCCCAUUAAAGGGUCGACUCUCCCGCCAUGAUUUAUAAGCUGUAUUAAACUAGAUAGCUUUAUUCUGCUGACAGGGGGCACGGAGACCAACCCCUGUGAGUUACGAGGGACCUAAAGUGCGUCGUAUGUCCCCGCACACACACAGCCCAGUCCAGUUUUUACAGAGUAAUUGAUUUUACAGCUGUGCAUUGUUGACAGAUUUGCAAGCUUCCCCGCUCUGUGAUGAUCUCCCUGACACUAUUUCAUACGCCACCAGUUUUGUUUGUGACAAGAGGACCUCACUGAUUUCCUUUUUUGUCGCUCAAUAAAAUGCAGUCGUGAAAAUGUGUCUCGCCGAUGUUAAGGCAGAAAGUGUUUUUUUUUUGUUCAAAGUGGUGAGUAGUCGACUCUCUUAAGUCGACGACAACGGGCAGCAGGUGGCGCUCUGUGUGAGAGCUGUCUUCUGUUGAGCUGGAAAAACAAACGCAGUGGGGCACAUCAGAGUGUCGGCCUUGAAUGAACCCAAGAAUGUCCUCACAAGUGUCCCUGUCUCUCCCAUAGGAAGGCUAGUUUCCAUGGUGACCGCUCUGUGACAGGCAGGUUUUCUUGCCCUUGUGUUGCCAGAGUUGAGUCGGAGAGGUGGUGUGCUCGAUAAAGAGGCGGAGUCUUCAAUCCUACAUUCAUCUACCGGUGUUGUGGAGAGGAACCGUGACUUAUUGGUUACCUUGUUGAGGACACUGGCUCACUGAGUCUCCCCGGAGUUGCGUCGUCUGACUCGCCAGCACAAGCUGGUCAAGUGGUUGUUAUACCUCAGAAAGUCAACAAAACCACUAAAGGGCAGAAGAUGGCUCAAGAAAAUGAGGGAUGCGAGACAAAUAAAGUAUUUGGUCAAUAAAAACUGCAAGACUAAGCUUUUAAGGACCAGUGCACCUGUUAAACAUGAGCGCCAGCUGAUGUUCCCCAGUCAUUUCAUCUAUCUAGGUUUGGCUACAUUCAUCAUCCACCUUUGUUUUCGUGUGACACGACUUUGCUUGAGUGGAAGGUUCCCGGCUGCUGCUCCGUCAAUAUGGUGGUCAAUACAAAAGGAGUACGUGGCGUAUUCCUGAAUGUGCCUUGAUGAGUUCAGAGUGUUAAAAGGGAUUUUGGUGGCCGUGAUGAUGAUGAUCAUGGUGGUUGUGGUGGAAUGUUUCUGGUGCUGAUGAGUUUCUAUUCCUACAAAUAUUUGUGAUACGGAGGAAAUGCCCCGAGGCCCUUUCGCCGCCGCGCUUCUGUCAGGAUGAGGAACUUUUAAAAGGUGACUUUUCUACUCUGUGAACCGUUUUUCGGAACAGUCUUUGUGACGGUGUGUUCUCUUUUGUGUCUUUGUUUUCCCAAACAUGAGCCGUGACUCCCUUUUGCACAAGGGCUUGUAGAUACAGAAACCUAUACUGAAGUGUUGUGGUGCAAUGUCGUGAUGUUUGGGAAAUCAUGGAAGCCUCACUUAGCAAGCAGCUUGAGGGACAGUCGGCGAGAUGAUCCAGAUUUAGCAGUGGCUAAACACGUUUUCACAGGAGCUUUGUCUCCCACGACAUGAAUGAUGUGUUUAUAAAAAUGGAUCGAUCCAAAUUCAAACAUUGAUAUCAGCUCCUGGAGUUGAAUAUGCAACACAGAGUGAGUGGUUGACUCGGCCUGGAUCAUCUGGUUGUCUGUUUCCUGAUAACAAACAUGACCUCAAGAACUCGAAGACUAUCGCACUGGAUUUUUACUCUUUUUGCAAAAUCUCUAUACUGCUCUGGUCUACCUGGAUUUGUAAUACCUGCAUGUGCAUGCGGCAAGGAAAGACUUGAUAGAGACGUGCUCCUCUUGUGCUGUGGUGUCCAUGACGGGAGAGCAGCUCCAACACUGUGAGAUACUCCACAUCCAAUCCAGAUUCACUAUUGAAAUAACUGACACAACGCAAACGCAAGGACCGGAUCCACUUGGAGGAAGCUCCACUGGCAGGACAUGAGCUGAUCACAAAGGUGGCCUACUGCAUCAUCUGUGGUUAGUUUAACCAUGUAAUGGGCACGAUUGGUCCUCCACAUUCAGACUAGCAAGUCAAGAUGGCUACCAGACGCUUUCCUAGGGAGGUGAGCUGGGCAUGUCCAACCCAGUGGAGGACACAGGACAGGCCCGCAGCAGCACCUCAGUGUUACACCAAAUUCUCUAAAAGCUGGAACGUCAUUAUUAAUAUGCUUAAAAGGAGGGAAAAUUUUUAAUCUUAAAAAUGUCCUUGAGACGCAUGACAGUGGGGCAGCCUGCCUCAGCGUCCACUCCCCUCCCGACCUGGACCUCUCAGUGUUGUGUUUUCUAUCCUUCUGAUGCCUCUAAAUGUAAAUGUUCUUCAGUGUUGCCACCCUGUGAAUGAACCUUUUCCAAAUGUGUCAGUGCAGUGCAGUUGGACAGAGCUCACGUGGCGGAGGGUGGCACUGUGCUCAGGAUCAAAACCUAUGAACUGACUCACUUCACCUCUUUAAACAGUGUUCAAUACAAAUGUGUGUCUUCAGUACAAGCGUGUUGUCCUUUUCUUGUCAAGAGUGCGGUGAGACAGCAUGAAAGAUGGAGGUCCACACAGGGAAAGACAACAAAAGUUGGGUUGACGCGAUGCUUGUCGCUCAGUAAAACAAGGCAGCAGGAGGUGUUUGUCCCAAAUCCACAGUGGAUGCGUCACUAUU